AUGUUCAAUCUUCCUGGGGUAGCGCUCAUCACCGGCGCCGGUGGCAAAGGCAUUGGCGCAGCAGUUGCAACCGCUUUUGCUCGGUCAGGGUGUUCUAAGUUUGUAAUUACGGACAUCAACCCUACAUCCCUUGAGGGAACCCGUGCCGCCAUCCUCAAGAUCAACUCCCAGGCCAGCAUAUCGAGCCAAGCAGGCGACGUAUCUGAUGAAGCCUUUGUCAAUGCAUUUGUGUCAGACGCAAUUAAGACUUUCACUCGCAUCGACUAUGCUGUGAGCUGUGCUGGCAUACUCGGCGCGUCCCUUCGUUCGCACGAAACACCAAUAUCCGAAUUUGACAAAAUCACAAACGUGAACUACAAGGGCUCAUGGCUUGUCUCACGGGCCGUCCUAGGCCAAAUGAUCAAACAGCAGCCUCUUUCUGAGCAUCCAGAACAGCGAGGUGCCGUGGUUAACAUCGCCAGCCAGCUUGGCAUCGUGGCUCGGCCGACCGCGCCUGUAUAUUGCGCUUCCAAGGCGGCCAUUAUCAACAUGACGCGGUCCGAUGCUAUAGACUAUGCGUCAGACGGCAUCAGAGUCAAUUGCGUGUGCCCCGGGGUUAUCGAAACACCAAUGACGACGGGUUCUGAAGAGGUUAAGGAGCGGCUCCAGCCCGCAAUAGACAUUGCACCAAUGCGUCGCAUGGGGAGGCCUGAGGAGAUUGCCGAUGCGACUUUGUUCUUAUGCUCAAAACAAGCAUCUUUUAUACAAGGUCACGCUUUGGUGGUGGAUGGAGGAUACACGAUCAACUAG